GGCUACUCUCAAACGUGUCUCAACAACAACAUUUGGGUGGCGUGAAAUGUGGGGCUAAGUCUGUUCUCAUGACGGUGACAUUUAGAACACAAUCCCGGCAUGGAUACUCUGUAAAAUUUUCACCGUACUUUCCCAACAGGCUAGCCUGUUCCUCUUCCCAAUAUUAUGGCAUCGCAGGGUGUGGCACUCUGUUCAUACUAGAGCUGAGACAAGACCAUAUAGCGGCAGUUCGCACCUUUGACUGGAGUGAUGGCUUGUUUGAUGUGGCUUGGUCAGAAAACAACGAGAAUGUGUUGGUGACAGCAAGUGGAGAUGGGUCCCUCCUGGUAUGGGAUGUCCUGCAGGAACAGGGUCCACUGAGAGCAUUCAAGGAGCACAGCAAGGAGAUUAAUUCUGUUGACUGGAGUCCGACGCGCGGGGAGAAUCUUGUGGUGACCGGAUCUUGGGAUACCCUGAUCAAAAUUUGGGACUUGCAUUCGGCCCAGUCGCUAGUGACCUUCAGAGGUCACGACUCCAUCGUCUACUCCACUGUGUGGUCACCACAUAUACCAGCAUGCCUUGCAUCUGUAUCAGGCGACCAGACGUUGAGAGUGUGGGACGCUCGCAAACCUAACUUUCCUACUUGUGUUAUUCCUGCUCACAGUGGUGAAAUUCUUACAUGUGAUUGGUGCAAGUACGAUCAGAAUGUCCUCUUCACUGGCGGUGUGGACGGACUGAUCCGAGGCUGGGACGUCAGGAGUACGCGUCAGCAAGUGUGUGAAAUGCGGGGACACCAGUAUGCCGUCAGGAGAAUCAGGACUUCGCCGUUCAUGGCGACGAAGCUGAUCUCUUGCUCCUAUGACUUCACGACUCGGAUCUGGGACUACACUCGCCCCGAGGCCCUGGAGGUGAUUGAACACCACACAGAGUUUGUGUACGGCCUGGACUUCAACCUGCAUGUACCUGGACAGAUAGCGGACUGUGGCUGGGAUGAACUUCUCCAUGUGUAUCACCCCAAGUCCUGUAUCCCAGCUCCCUGAGCAUCAUCGAAUGGUUGUCUAGUGCUCAGAAGGGACGUUUCACAGCAGGGAGAAUACUUCAAAUUUUAAUGUUUGAAUUGCCUAUUAUAUUGUAUUCAUAAUAAUGAAGGUAAAGAAGAUUAAUUGUAUGUUGAUUAAAGUGUAUAUUUUUGUGAGUGUGCAAAUAUGUAUAUUGAUACACUGUGAUUGAAUGAAAAUUAAUUUAGUUUCUUUGGUCAAAUGAAUUAUAAAUGAAUAUAAUAAGUGUUUGACAAAUCAAUGCUAGAACAGAGUUCAAUGUGAUUUGAUUACCCAGACAUAAUACUGAAUACUUUAAACUUUCCCCUGUGCAGGGAUAUUGCACAACCAACAAAGGUAUCAUUUAAAAAAAGACUUAUGUUUACUAUAUCAGACAAAAUGCAACUCUGAUCUUGCUACCCAGCCUUUGAUCUCCAUUAUUCAAUAUCUUAUGUUUUUUUAGUUAGUUUCAUAUUUCAUUGUACAUCAGUGGAUUUCACAUUCUCUCGUUAAUUUCAUGUUUUGUUCUUGGUGUAUGUCAACAGUUCAAUAAGAUUCUUGCAAAAGUUACGGGUAAAUUGAGCUGCAGGUCUUAGAGCAUUUACAACAUUAUAGCCAGGAAUUUCCACUUGAUGCCUGUCACUGGAUAACUGGCAGAAAUAGGCAUUAGUUGUAACAUCCCAAAACUAACAAACCUUAAGCCACAAAUCAGGAUGAUGAGGCAAAUUUGAUUUUCAUCUUACUGGAUAUUAGAGAAAUUAUGGCAGUUGUUUUUGAGUUAUUGUUUUUCGAUCAGUCCUGUUAGAUGUUUGAAUUUACGCUGAUAGUUAUCCAUCCAUAUAAUUCUGUCAUCUGUCAUGUAUUUGUACAUAUCAAACAUACCUUUUAUCUAUUAUGAUGAAUUCUACAUGAACUUUUAUGAGUCCCUUAUAAAUAAUCAGAAAUAUUAUUAUUAAACAACCAAAGCAUG